UGCAGAAGAAUAUAAAUAUAAAGGGCGAAAGAAAGUGAAAGUAGUGUGUUUUGUAGGUUGCUUCAUUUCUCCGCUCGCUCACGACCUUUGGAUUGCUCUUGUUGACGAGUGAUGGAGGGUGAUUGGAGUUCCCAAAGCAACUGGACCAUUGCCUCCGGCUCAGUCCGCGACUGCAUCACCUUCCAUUCCUCUCUCUCUUUCUCCGACCACCACGCAACCCAAUCCACUCCCACUCCUCUCCUUCUCCAUCCUCCUUCGCCGCAUCAUUCCCCUCCCUGCCAGAUCAAGAUUACUUUUCCGGAGAAACACGAGCUCAGACAAAUCUACGUCCGUAGCACGGCGCGUGUCUACGAGAUUUACUAUGCUCCUGACUCUCGUUCUAACGACGACUAUCUCUGCACAGUUCGAUGCGGCGUUGCUGUUAGAGACGACGUCGUUCUUUCUUCUCCUUCUGUUCCACAUCUGACCGACGAUAGUGUUAAAAUGGAAGAUGAUUGGGUUGAAGUCAAAGUUCCUGAUGUUGCAAAACACUCCGCCAAAACCUCUCAGGAUCUUUAUGAGGCUACGGCAGAGAUUGAUGAUGCAAAUCCUUGCAUUUCUGUUACACUUCGUUUGCUCUCGCUUCAGAAUAAAGGCUGUGUUUAUGUUGAUGAGAUUUAUGUGUUUGCGGAUCCUGUUGAUUCAGCUGAUACAGAAAGCCAGGAAAGCCAUAAUGAAAACACAUCUGGCAGUUCCCUCAUGGCUAUGUUUCUGCCCACUCUAAUGCAAUUAUCCAAGACAAAAGGGCUCAGCAAUCUAAAUGCUCUAAGAAAGGAAAAUCAACAUGUUUUGGGGAAUGAUUUGGAAGCAACUCAUCCAAGUGAUUCUGUAAUUAAAACUCAGCUAAAAGGAGAAGCUACCAUAACUGAUCCUCAAGAAGUGAAGUUGAAUGAGGUGCAAGGUGGUUGGAUGGGUCCACACCCGCUAGAUACAUUCUCACAACUUGCUAAAAUGGAGGGAAACCAUACUUCAGUACCCUCACAAACUACUAAAAUCAACAACACUCACAGUUUCAUACCCUCAAAAAUUGCUGAAAAGGAGAACGACCACAGUGCCAUUCCCUUUCAAAGUGCUAAAACAGAGUGCAAUAUUAAUUCUGUCCCCAUGCAAGUGGCUAUUUCUGAGAGCAAUCCUGGUGAUUCUUUGGGUGGUAAUGUUGAAAGGGUCCUGGAACAGCUUGUAUCACGCAUGGACAGGAUAGAAGAAAUCUGUUUGGGCUUUCAAGAGAAAAUGGUGCUGCCCAUGAACAGCAUUGAGGCAAGACUCCAGCGAGUUGAGCAGCAACUGGAUACACUGACUAAGAAAUCACAGAAUUCGACAUUGCCAUCAUGUUCUAGAAUUUUCGCUCCUGAUGCUUCUUGUAGUGAUUCAGAUGCCAUCUCCUGUGACAAUUGUCCUGAUUAUGCUGCCACUAAGGAAAGUGAAUCAGAUGAGAAACAUUUACACACAGAGGUAAGAUAUGUCUCUGCUCAUAUAUCUGAUUCAGCAAAUACUACUCAAUUGCUCCCAGGUCUUGUAGUUACAGCUCCCGAGUUUCCUGAUGGUGAGGAUGAGGAAGUUGAUGCAUCGGGACUAGAAACAGAUGUGGAUGAAAAAGUUGAUGCAUCAGGACUAGAAGCAGACAAGGAUGAAGAAGUUGAUGCAUCAGGACUAGAAGCAGACAAGGAUGAAGAAGUUGAUGCAUCAGGGCUAGAAGCAGAUGAGGAUGAAGAAGUUGAUGCAUCAGGACCAGAAACAGAUUCUUCAAAAAAUAAAGCAAAGCAGUCAAUUGAUGAUGCUUUAUCUUCUGCUUUAGCUAAUUUUUUGUCUUCCACGCCUUUAAAUUCUCCAAAGUAUACUAAAAGUCUAACUGUUAAAGCCCCCGAGUUUUUAAAUGAAGAUGCUGACGACCAUGAGAGCAAUAGUCAGAUAGUGAAAAAUGACUCAGUUCAUCUCACAGACAGGGAGGAAUUUGGUCACAUCCAAGUGUUGGCUUCAUCCAAUACUUCGUUGGAAAAUAGUGAGAAGAUAAACCCAGAUUCUAAUGAUAAAAACUCUGAAAAUACUUCCCAGGAAGCUGAAGAACAUGACCAAUUUUGCAGUGCAGAAGGAGAUCAAGAUGAGGCAACUUUGAAAACUACUGAACAUAGUCCAAAAGCAGAUGUUGUUGACAACUUUGAAGAAGACAAAAAUGGAAAAAUCAAUGGUAAGAAAAGUGAUGGUUUGUCGUCCAAUACAAGUGAUAUUUCAAAUGGGUUGCUCGACAAUCUGACCCCCUGCGGUUACAAUAGUAUCAAUGAGGAAGAACCACUCUCAGGGACUGAACUUACUGUUGCAUCAGAGGUCUCAAGGAAAACCCAUGAGAACAUCAUAGAGAAUGUUCUUGGAUUUUCACUUGCUUCCUCCAUUGUAGAUUUUGAAAACCCAAUCUUGGAUGUGAAAUUCAUUUCUCAGAGAACUCCUGCUACAGAGAGUUUCCUUGAAGAUUUUCUGGUUGAAACACAAGAGGCCAAGGAAAGCAAUGGUGAUUUUCCUGUACUGAAAAGCAAUGGUGAUCUCUCGGUUGAGGAGCAGUCUAAUUUGAUUUCAAUAGAAGAUGGGGAACUGGUGAAUCCAACUAGCGAUAGCCAUUUUGCUGUGGACAAAGACUUGUGUACUUCGAUUGCUGCUGAACCUGUGAACAUCGAAGGUGAUAAUCUGCCAGUGCUGGAGGAUCAUAAGCGAAAACGUGAUCAAAUGUCUUCAAGUCUCAUAUGAAGUGGUUUCUAGUCCCUGUUUCAGUUCAUGAGUCUAGAAUGUUUAGGCAUUUGUAUAUAGCUAUUUUCAUGAAUAUCGUCUUGUUUCUUUCUCUAAAUUUUCAACAAUCUUUAGCUUUUCUGCUUAGAGUCAAUAGAAGUUACUUCGAACAAACAUGUUGCAGCUGUUCCUUGUUUAGGGCGUGGUUGGAUUCAUGAUAACUGUAAAUAGUCUCAUUUCGUGGUCGUAGUUGCAGGAUAAUUAUUGGGAGUUGAUAUUUUUCAUACAUGCAUUAAUAGAUAAUUGAAUAAUGAAAAUAUCUUUCCUUUA